AUGGAUAAUAUAAGUAAAAGUGUAGCAAUUAUAGGUGCAGGACCUUCAGGACUGGUCAGUUGUAAAUCAGCGUUGGAGUGUGGUUUGUUACCAACUGUCUUUGAGAAGAAUAGCGAUGUUGGAGGAAUUUGGUCGGUAUCAAGUGGUAAAGUUUGGGAUUCACUCCACACCAACCUCUCUGUGCACACUAUGAUGUUUUCAGAUUUCCCAUGGGAGAGCGAAUGGUAUUCCAAAGAUUUCCCACCACACACAGAAGUUAUCGCAUACCUCGAUCGAUAUGCCCGUCAUUUCAAACUGUACCCACAUAUCCGUUUGAAUUCCACUGUAAUCUCUGUCUAUAGCGAUGGAAAGAAAUGGAUAGUUGAAUCGAUAACAACAACUGCUGCCGAUGGUAGCAAAUCAGAAGUAAAGAACAAAGAAUCGUUCGAUUCCAUUAUUAUUGCAAGUGGAAUGCUUGAAUACCAGAGACCAUUGAAUAUUGUUGACAUUGAGAAGUUCACCGGUACGAUUUCUCAUGGUCGAGACUAUAAGAAUGCUGGACAGUUUACUGGCGACUCGUUUUUGGUGAUUGGUGACAGCUAUAGUGGUUGUGAAAUCGCAGCGGAACUCACUAUGAAAUCAGCGGAUGUUUCUGUCACUCAAUUGAUGAAGCGACCCUCCUGGAUAUUGGAAAAAUACUUGCCAAGUCCACCUACCAAACCAGAUGAUCCGCCCAAACUCUUACCUCUGGAUUUUCUAUUCUUCUCAAGAGUUGGAAUAGAUUUUUUUGCAACAAAUUUCAAAACAUUACCAGAGGCAUUCAAAGUUCGACAUGAAAUGUUGUCACAGAUGUGCGCCAAACAACAGUCAGUUAAACAUCUACAACAUGAGCUGCCAAAACAAGAUUGUCCAUCUAUUUGUAUCUCUGAUAACUAUACCGACAUUGUAAAGAGUGGUAAAAUUGAUAUCCAUCCACAGAUAACCGGUAUCGAAGGAAAAACAGUACACUUUUCCAGUGGAGAAUCAAAAGAAAUCGAUCAUAUCAUUUUAGCAUGUGGUUUUUCCUAUGAGCUACCGUUUUUAGACCACAGUGUUCUGAAGGACAUUGAUUAUGACCCAAAUGAAAGGGUGGUACCGAUCAUUCUUCACAAGACAGUGUUCCAUCCUACAAUGGCUAAUAUUGGUUUCGUAGGUUGGUAUGUCGCUGCAUUGUUUCCAAUCAUUGAAUUGCAAGCGAGAUGGCUAACCUUGGUUUUAUCAGAGCAAGUGGAUGCACCAACCAAAGAGCAGAUCGAGGCAGGUAUGAAUGCUGAGCGAGCAAUCCGUGAUAGUCCAAUCAAAUUGCGAAUUCCACAUAUGGAAAUGCCAGUGAUUGGCGAUGAUUUGGCAGCGCAAUUCGGAGCACUUCCAGAUUUACAAAAAAUCAAAGACGAAGAUCCUCAUUUAUAUCAUUUGAUUUACAACAACUUUGCAUCACCUGCAUCCUAUAGAUUAACAGGUCCUUAUGCCAACGCUGAACUGGCCACAAAGAUAUUGAACGACAUUAAUAAUAAAUAUUAUAUAAAUUCAAAAUAG